UGAAGAUCUCCUUUGUACAGUUCCUCUGUGUAUUCGUGCCACCUCCUCUCUACAUCUUAAGAGACUGGCAACUCCGUUUCCCAGCGCGCCAGAGGGACUCUAGGCAACUCUGAGAGUUGAUAGGCGUUGCGCCAGCGGAAACUACAUUACCCAGAAAUCUCUGCAAUGCUAGGCGGUGUAGGCUGAGCCAAAAAAAGCUGAAGAGAGCCUCGCAUACGUUCGUACGCAUCGCCUGGGGGCGGGACUUCCGGCGUUUGCCUUUAGUCUUUGAGCUGCUGUCCAGCCGCUCACUUGUUCAGGGGUUUUCAGUCGCAUGGUGGGCACCGAAGAGACGGAGCGGAAAGCGAGAGGAGGUGCGUUGGCCCCGCUGCCCAGUGGCGGCUGUGAGUCCCCCUGAGCCCGUAGUUGACGGCAGUGCCCUCGGUCCGUCCUCGCUCUUCCCACGACCGGCGACCGAGGCCGCGGCGAUGACGCCGGCUCAGGGCCUUGUGGUCUUUGAGGAUGUGGCCAUAUAUUUCUCCCAGGAGGAGUGGGGACUUCUUGAUGAGGCUCAGAGACUCCUGUACUAUCAAGUGAUGGUGCAGAACAUUGCACUUCUGUCCUCUGUAGGUUAUCAGCAUACCACCCAGCAUGAGGUGGCCCUUUCAGAGCAGCAUGAUAUGGCUGCAUGGUCACAGGUCAAGACUCCACAGCCAGGCCCAUGCAUCGAGAAGCGUCACCCCUGUAAGACGUGUGGCCCACUCUUGAAAGACACUUUGCGCCUGGCUGGGCACGGUGGGACACAGCCUGAGCAGGAGGUAUCUGCAUGUGGGGAGAGUCCCUCCCAGCAUCCAAAGGAGCCACGUCAAAGGAGACCCCUUGGAUGGGGUGAAGGGAAGACUUUCUGUGUGAAGAACGACAGUGUUCACGUGACAGAUCAGACCUGGCCAUGUCGGGUGAGAGGGCAGGAGUUCCUAGCCCAAUCCAGCAUUCUCCAGCACCAGGCCCCUCACACGGAAGGGAAACCACACAGUGACAUGGAGGGCAGGGCAGCCUCUGAAAGUGGACAGAAUGAUGACAAGUGCAGUGAAUGUGGGAAGACCUUUAGCCAAGAACACACAAUUGUUGAGCACCAGAAAAACCUUUGCUGUGAAAGCCGGAAGACCUUCAUCAGAAAGUUCCACCUGGUUCAGCAGCAGAAAACCAACACUGAGACAAGACUCUCUGAGCAACUUGGAUGUGGAAGGUUUUCUGCACAAAACUCUGGCUUCGCUGCACACCAUAGAGUUCACACUAGGUCAGUGCCUUAUGAGUGCAGCCAGUGUGGGAAGUGCGUUAAGGACAGCUUCACACUCACUGUUCAUCAGAGAGUUCACACAGGAGAAAAGCCAUAUAAAUGCAGUGAGUGUGGGAAAUUCUUUAGGUACAGCUUCACGCUCAAAAGACAUCAGGGAGUUCACAUUGGAGAAAAACCAUAUGAGUGCAGUGUGUGCAAGAAAUUUUUUGUAGACAGCUCCAGGCUCAUUAUUCAUCAGAGAGUUCACACUCGGGGAAGGCGUUUUGAAUGCAGCAAAUGUGGGAAAUUCUUUAGGUACCGCUUCACACUUGAGAGGCAUCAGAAAGCGCACAUUGGAGAGAGGCCUUAUGAGUGCAGCUUAUGUGGGAAACUCUUUAGGCAUAACUCAAAUCACAUCAGGCAUCGGAGAAAUCACACUGGAGAAAGACCUUAUGAGUGCAGUGUAUGUGGUAGAUUCUUCAGUCAAAACUCCCACCUCAUUCGGCACCAAAACGUCCACACCAGAGAAAAAUCUUAUGAAUGUAGCAAAUGCGGGAAAUUCUUUAUGGACAGCUCCACCCUCAUUAUUCAUCAGAGAGUCCACACUGGAGAAAAGCCUUAUGAGUGCAGAGAAUGUGGGAAAGUCUUUAGGUACAACUCCAGCCUCAUUAAACAUCGGAGAGUUCACACUGGGGAAAGGCCUUAUGAAUGUGUCAGCUGUGGGAGAGGCUUUAGCCAAAACUCCCAUCUCCUUCGACACCAAGAAGUUCACACUAAAGAGUAUUGCAAACAGGGGAAGACUUCAAAGCAAAGUCUGGUCUGAUUUAGCACUGGGAUGGACUGCUAUAUAGGUGUUUAAAAUUUUUUUAAUUGUUGUGAAGUGCAUGUAACAUAGAAUUUACAGUCAACCAUAUUUAAGUGUAAGUUCAGUAGUAAUAAUACAUUCACAUUGUGCACAAAUAUUCAAAAGUCUUUUCAUCUGAUAAAACUAAACCCAUCAGACAGCAAUUCUUCGUCCCCCCUCUUAUUGACUGACAACAACUAUUCUGCUUUCCGUGUAUGAAUUGUUCUCAGUGGGUAACUUAUAUAAGAGUCAUCAAGUUAUUCUUCUUUGGUGGCUGGCAUAUUUAACUGAGCAUAAUGUUCUUAGGGUUCCUCCAUGUUGUAGCAUGUGUCAGAAUUUCAUUCCUAUUUUGAGUAAUGCUCCAUCUUCUGUACAUGGUACUUUUUCUGUUUCCUUUCAUCAUUGGGCACUUGAGUUGCUUUCCCUAUUUGGCUGUUGUAUGUAAUGCUGUUAUAAAUAUGAUGGCAUAAAUAUUUCUUUGAGGCCCUGCUUUCAAUCCUUUUAAGGUAUAUUCCCAGACAGAGUUUUUGGAUCAUAUAGUAAUUCAAUAUUUAUUUCUUUUGAGGAACUGAGGGGCUGUUUUCCGUGGUAGUUGGACUGUUUUACAUUGAUGCAGCUCGAGGUUUCCAAUUUCUCUACACUCUCAGCAAUAUUUUUAUUUUCUCCUUGUUUUAUUUUUUAUAACACUAUCCUAUGAUGCUGUGAAAGUGCUGCACUC